AUGAAUUGUUUGUGUUUGGUCGCGUUUCUAGCGAUUGUGAUCGCACAAAGCUAUAGCGUUCUAGGCGUAGAAGCUGCGUCGAGUGACGGGUUCGUGAGUAGGAAAGGCAUUCAGUUUAUUCUCAAUGGAAAACCAUUUUACGCCAAUGGAUUCAAUGCCUACUGGCUCGGCUACGAAGCCACCGAUCCUGCCACAAGGUUUAAGAUCACCUAUGCGCUUCAAAACGCAACCACUAAUGGUUUGACCAUCGCACGCACUUGGGGAUUCCGCGACGGUGGUUACCGUGCUCUCCAAAUCACACCCGGUUCCUACGAUGAACUAACGUUUCAGACUAUGGUGAACAGAGUGAAUACAUUUACCAAAAUUGCAUACAAAGACGAAGCGGCCAUCAUGGCUUGGGAGCUAAUGAACGAGCCACAAUGCAAAGCAGACCCAAGUGGUAAAACCCUAACGGCUUGGAUUAGUGAAAUGGCUCCUUAUGUAAAAUCACUAGACUCAAACCAUCUUCUCGGUACUGGUCUCGAAGGCUUCUACGGUGACUCAUCUCCUGAAAGAAAGACUUCUCUUAAUCCGGUUGCAGCCAACGUUCUUGGAACUGAUUUCAUCGCUAAUCACAAUAUCGACGCCAUUGAUUUCGCAUCGAUUCACGCUUACCCUGACUUAUGGUUUCCAAACUUAAAUGAGACUGGUCGAUUGGACUACUUAAGUUACUGGAUCGAAGGUCACAUGGAAGAUGCGGAGAGCAUUCUUAAGAAACCUCUGAUCCUCGGAGAAUUCGGGAAACCAACGGAAACACCAGGCUACACUCAGGCUCAGAGAGACGCAGUCUUCGUUGUAACGUUCGAAACCAUUUACGAGUCUGCGGCAAAAGGUGGUCCAGCCGCAGGAGCAUUGUUUUGGCACCUUAUUAGCGACGGUAUGAACAAUUUCAAAGAUGGCCUCGCCAUUGUUCUUAGUGACAAAUCGUCGACGAAUAGUAUUAUUGGUCAGCAGUCACGAAAGUUGCGUUUGAUUGGUGGUGGUAAAGGCAAGUUAAGCCGCAAAAUCAAAAACUAA